UUUGUUUAUUAUUGUUUAUGUUUAUAUUCUCGAAGCACACACACUCGAAAAAAACAGAGCAAGGAACGGAAACAGAAACGGAAGACAAGCUGAAGGACUAAAAGCCCAAAUCGGCAAUAACCGCGUCCAGUUCGUCCUGCAGAUUGGUGGCCCGCGAUCGCACCUGCACAAUUUGAUCCUGCAAAUUGUCGACGUUCGCCUGGAGCAGCACAUUGCACUUCUUCAUCGCCGCGAACCGGCUCUCGUGCUUCUUCACCCGCGGCUCCACAUUCGCCUUCUUCGCGGAGUUGGGCGAGUCCUGCGGGAUAUAGUACAGGAGGAAGAAGGACCAAGGGCCAAGGAUGUCGGGGCGACUCAACCAGCAGCACGCGGCGUAUGCGCAUCGCAUGGAGCAGGAGAACAACCGGGUGCAGGCCACACAGGCGGUGAACAGCUACUACACUCACUGGGGUAAGGUCACAUCGCGCUUCGAGAACUGGACCAACAAGGAGUACUACGAGAAGGCGGACCAACAGCUGCAAUCUCGUCGCGAUCUGCAGGAGAAGCAGGCGGCCCUCAAUGAGCGUCGGUCCAGACUUCGCCAGCUUUUGGCCUCAGAGAGCGAGGAGUACAACAACGAGAUGGAGCGACGUCGCCGCCCGCGGGAACCCGGUGGUGGAGACCUCCAGAUGCUUGGUCGGGUUAACCAGUCGCUCAAGGAGCAGGAGCAACUACGGCGCAAACUCGAAAUGGAGGCCAAAUUGUAUGGCCGCUGGCGUCAUGGCGUGGACGAUGAAAAGCUGCUCUACCAGUCGAAGUCGGACAACGAGGUUCUGGCCAAGCUCAACUGGUUGGACCGCCAGAUCGAGAGUCAGCAGCAGCGCGAGGAGCAGCAAGCUCUGGCCGCGGAGAGGCAGCUGCUGUUGCAGCAGGAGAUCAGUCGAACGGAGCAGGCUCAAAAGGAGCGCCAACAGAUCCAGGAGCAACAGUUGCGAGAACUGCGUGCUCUGCAGGAAUCCCACAUGUCGGAGCUUCGUCUGCGACAGCAGGAGGCCGAUAAGUUGAAGGAGGAGGAACACCACUUCCAGCUCUUCUUGGGGGAACUGGACAAGGAGCGGGAACUGCUGGAGGAGAGCAGUGCUCUGGUGCUUAAACAAGUCGAUUCCGGACACGCGUACAACCUCAAGAAGAUUAAGGUGUUCAUCCGGCAGCGUAGUGAGACCAGUCGCAAGCAGAUCUCCCUGUGCAUCAACAUGUUGCAACGCAUGUCCAAGUAUGUGGUCAAGAGGGAGGAGCUAAAGACCCUGCUGGACAAGUACCGCUCUCAGUUGGAGAACGAGGAACUAGCCUGCACCCAGAUAGAAGCCAUGUACGAGUCGGAGGCCAAGUACAACCUACAACGCUGUGAGGAGAACUGGCGGGAACAGCACUUGCAGCGCUACGGGGAGCUAAGCAAGUUCAUUGACCAGGAGAAGGAUUGCCUGGGCGCCUUGCUCCAGGAGAAUGUGAGCCAGCAGCAGUCAUUGGUGGAACUGCGCAGUCAGCAUCUUACUGGGAUCGAGCAGGCCAACAAACAGCUGGAGCAACUUAGCCAGGAGCAGGCCGAACAGGUAGCUGUACCAUCGCUAACCAAUCUCAAGGAGGUGGAAUCACGAUCUUCAGUUUCCGAGGCUUCCGUGGGGGAGAAUCUGCUGCCCAAGGUGAGCGAUUCCUUCUCCAACCUGAACCUGGAUGUGUGGAAGGAUCUGCCCCCAGCUCGCAGCGAAGUCGACAUGCAGCGCCUGAACAAAACCCGCUCCCUCAGCGUGGUCACCUCGCAGACAGCCGCUCCUCCGAAGUUCGCACGCAAGCGUGUGGCCUGGACCUAACACUUGCAACCUAUAUCAUCAUCGUCGUCGUUCCAGUUUAAAUUUCAAUGGUAUUAUUAGACAUAUUGCUAGUUUAGUCCCAGUUUAGCAAUAGUUUAACUUCUUGUGUAACCCCCCUCACACUUUACCCGCAAUCCACUUCAUUUCAAUACACUCCAGCCCGAUGAAUACCACUCCGCCCAAGCGAACACCACUCUGUGCACUUGUAGUUGAUAAGGCUGAUAUGUAGGCGCUCCCCCCGAGAUGGGGGCAAUAAAUCACUCAAUUUGUGGCCCA